AGGUUGUGUCAGGGUCAUCCCCCUUUUUUAUGAGAUCCCCGUUUGACACGACACGCAAGUUUUGUAGAAUUUCUUGGAAAAUCAAACGGUUUUGUUGUUUAUGCAUAAGUAAAUUAGCAAUCAUGACGAAGGAGGUUCGUCGCAGAAAUGUCAAAGUCAAUAAACAUGCCCCAGUUAUAGAUGGAUAUAAAGCUGAGAAGAGAACCACGAAAUCUGGUAACUCAAAAUUCAUCCUCACUGCUGCAAUAUGUGCUAUCGUGUUAACAGCAGGAGUGUAUUUCAGGUAUCGGAUGUAUCUAAUGGAGAAGGUUAAGACACCAUUGUAUUCACCAAGAAUGCUGACAAAGGAUAGUACAUCUUCUAGCAAGGAGCCAAACAGGUUCUGGGGAUCAUACCGGCCAAACACAUACUUUGGUAUGAGGACAAGAAGCCCACAAUCUCCGGUUAUGGGUCUGAUGUGGCUGAACCAGCUUACAGGGCAGAUGCCACCUCCAAUCAGACAUUGGUGUGAUCAGGGUGACAAGUUACCUAAGUAUGGCUGGUUAAAGCAUGAUGGUGUUAAUUUUGGAGUACAGGAGAUUCAUGAUUCAGACUUUAGUUUAACUACGGAGUUUGUGAAGAGGCAUGGUGGUGAUCAUGGUGGAGAAUGGACAGCAAGAAUCUCAGCUAAACCUAACAACAUGGACCCUGGACGACCAAGGCUUGUAUCUCUGAUGUUUUAUACAGCACUAGAUGGUCAAGGUCAAAUUGAACCAGUUCUUUCAAAAAAUGGUCAGAGACUUAAUGCUAUCAAUGGGUAUUCUGAAGAACUUGGAUAUUUUAAACUCAGCUUUCCAAAAUCAAAAUCUGAGACAACAUAUCGCCAUAACUAUCUCUUGACUUAUGCUCCAGGUCUGGACAAGUUAAAAGAGUCUAUAAUGAAUGGUAUUGGAGUGGAGGCAUGGGAUAAAGCUAGAAAAGUGCCGUACUUUGUUCUAGGAGGAAGACAGGUUCCACGUGAUACAGAGGGUGGGGCAAAUUUCCUUGUUCAUCAGGUGACAACAGAAUUACCAUUUGAAAUGGAAGUUAUUUUUGAAUCCAAUAGCUUUGUGAAAAGACCUGAAAAACUAAGUGGUAGUUUAUUUACUUCCUUAGCCAAGCAUGUCUCAGAAUUUGAUGAAAAAUUUGAGCAAAUAUUCAAUUUGAAAUCCAAAGGUUUCUCAGGAAGUGAAAUAAUUUUUGCUAAAGCAGCAUUAAGUAAUAUGGUAGGCAGUAUAGGAUAUUUUUAUGGAGCAUCUCUUGUGCAGUCAGUUUAUAAUGAUGAACCUGUCCGUUACUGGAAUGCAGCGUUAUAUACAGGUGUUCCUUCUCGCUCCUUCUUCCCGAGGGGUUUUCUAUGGGAUGAAGGCUUCCACAAUUUACUGAUAAGCAAAUGGGAUCCAGAAAUAUCAAAAGACAUUUUAUCGCACUGGUUAGAUUUGCUCAAUUCUGAAGGUUGGAUUCCCCGAGAACAAAUUCUUGGAGUUGAGGCGAGGGCACGGGUACCAGACGAGUUUGUUGUUCAGCGAAACGUGAAUGCAAAUCCUCCUACUCUUAUACUACCACUUCAAAGACUUAUUAAAAGCAUGUUGAAUAGUGACAAAGAAAAAGAUAAAGUUUUCUUAAAGGCUGUUUUUCCUAGGUUGAAGGCAUGGUUUCAGUGGUAUAAUACCACACAAGUUGGUCCAAAACCGUUUACAUAUCGAUGGCGGGGCAGAGAUGCUAAAACAAAUAAGGAGCUUAACCCCAAAACAUUAACAUCUGGUUUAGAUGAUUAUCCAAGAGCUUCUCAUCCAACUGAUGAAGAAUAUCACGUAGAUCUAAGGUGUUGGAUGGCCCUUGCUUCUGGGUUGAUAGCUGAUAUUGCCAACUCACUUGGUGAAGAUGGUCAAGAAUAUAUGGCCACACAUAAAAUGUUAACAAACAACGGAAUUCUUGAUCAGUUGCAUUGGUCCGAUACAAAACAGCAGUACAGUGACUAUGGCCUGCAUACAGAUAAAGUUCGACUAGAGCGACCAAAGCCACCACAGAAUCUCGAACCAGGACAGAGACCGCCACAAAUGAAUGUGGAUAAGAUCCGUGUCGUCCUUGCUGACCCAAAACUCGGUUUCGUCAAUGCUUUUGGAUAUGUCAGUUUAUUUCCCUUCUUGCUCAAAAUAGUUGAACCUAGUUCACCAAAACUGAUGAGAACUAUGAGUGAUAUGAAGAGUGACCGUUUGUUGUGGACGAAUUUUGGAUUACGUUCACUCGGACAAUCGACCACAAUGUAUAACAGAUACAAUAGUGAACAUGACCCUCCCUACUGGAGAGGUGCUAUUUGGAUUAAUUUGAAUUACCUGGCUUUAAGUGCUCUAGAUCAUUAUAGAACAGCAAGUGGUCCAUAUCAAAAACAGGCUGCUGAAAUAUACACAGAGUUACGUGAUAACGUGAUAAAGAAUAUAUAUAAACAAUACGAGCAGACUGGUUAUAUUUGGGAGAAUUAUAACGAUAAGACAGGUGAAGGGAAGGGUUGCCACCCAUUCACAGGCUGGUCGGCACUGGUUACUCUUAUAAUGGCAGAAAUCUAUGACUGAGCAAAUUUUUCAUUGAUAUUUAACUUGUAUGGUUUGUGUUUUAUACUAAAUUGGCAUUGGUUUUUAUAAUCAUUGUGGUGGAUUUUAGUAAUAUGUUUUAUUUUAAUUUUCUAAACAUAUUUGAGAACUGUUUUAUGAUAUAAUUUAAGAUAUUUAAGAGGACUUCCAUAAAUUUUUAAACAUACAUGUAUACUAAAUGCUACAUGUUGAUAAUUAUUUUGAAAUCAAAAGAUUUUGAAAUGUUUUGAUACAAAAUUAAUCAUUGUGAAUUUAGAAACAGUAGGUUUAUAUCACAAUUUAUUGUUCUGCAAAUAGUAUAGUUACCAACAAAGAGUGUCAGCAUACCUUGCAAGCUUACAAAUGAUCUAUGGCUCUACCUAAAUAUAUGUGCGCUUAUUGCCAUAAGGAAGCCCCUUUGUUUGGUGUAUUAUAUUUUUAAGAGGUAAUAGCAGAAUUGUGAGAUCAAUACUUUAUAAUGAAAUAUAAAAUGUUUUUGAGUUUAAAUAUUUUAAAAAUCUGAUCAUGAAAUCCAUUGUUUUGUAUUGAUUCUAGUUUAAUUUUAACAAGUGUCAUUAAACUUUUGUGGUGAUGGUAAAUUUACUGGGGUUAGGAGCUAGAAAUACAUUUAAAUUUUCGCAUUUUUUAUGUUUUAAAUCAAAAUAUGUUUCAUGCUAGUCUUGCUAGACCUUACCAACCAUUAUCUUACUAGAACCAAAAGAGAUUAACCUUUGCUACCAGUAUAAAGCAUGACCAACCUGCUUAGAUUGCAUCGAUAUGCAGGUUCAAUAGCCUAAUAUAGUUGGUAGCUGAAUUUUAGUGUUUUGUUAUUGAAAUCCUUUAACUUAGAAUGGACUGUUCCAAAUUCAAACUGGGGCAAAUCCAUUACAUAAAUUCAGAAUAUUAAGGGUUAGAUCAUAAUAUAUUUCAUGCUUGACUAUGCUAAGCAUUGCGAAGAGCUUUUGGAUUUUGCUUCCUGUCACAUCAAAAUCGUCUUUAAUAUUAUUUAUGGUAAAAGUUUAUUUAGUGUAAGUACUAAAAAUGCAUAGACUUGAUUUUCAAACUUAACACAUUCAUAUGCAUUGAAAACCAUUGAUAGAAAUAAGUUUCACUACUUUAGCCAGCAGAUACUUACGACAUAAGUAUCUUGUAUGUAAGAAUUUUAUUGACAUUUAAAGCACAUUCAGAGUUUUAUUUACAAAACUACUGGUGGCAUUUACUUUAAACUUAACACAUGUCUUUAUAGUAAUGACAAUACCUCAAUGAUGCAUGGAGUUUUUUUAUGAAUUAAUAUGAGCCGCGUCACGACAAAACCAACAUAGUGGGUUUGCAAC